UCCUCGCAGUUUCCUCUCCUUGUUUUGCUUUCGAUCUGGACCGUUCCGAGGCGAGCCGGGGACUAACUUUUAGUUUUGCUCCUGCGAUUGUUCAGCUGACGGGCUUUCAUUUCCAUUUCUCACGCCCUAGCCACCCCUAAACCUUGCGGAGUCGCACUGGUAGCGUGAACAAGCACCCCGAGAGACGGGCACCAUGCCGGUGGAGAGGAUGCGCAUGCGCCCCUGGCUGGAGGAGCAGAUAAACUCGAACACGAUACCCGGGCUCAAGUGGCUGAACAAGGAGAAGAAGAUCUUCCAGAUCCCCUGGAUGCAUGCAGCUAGACACGGGUGGGAUGUGGAGAAAGAUGCCCCACUCUUUAGGAACUGGGCAAUCCACACAGGAAAGCAUCAACCAGGCGUAGAUAAACCUGAUCCGAAAACAUGGAAGGCGAAUUUUCGAUGUGCCAUGAACUCCCUGCCCGACAUCGAGGAAGUAAAGGACAGGAGUAUAAAGAAAGGAAACAACGCCUUCAGGGUGUACCGGAUGUUGCCCUUAUCGGAGCGGCCUUCUAAAAAAGGAAAGAAACCAAAGACAGAGAAAGAAGACAGAGUUAAGCACAUCAAGCAAGAACCAGUUGAGUCAUCUUUGGGGCUUAGUAAUGGAGUAAGUGAUCUUUCUCCCGAGUUCGCGGUCCUGACUUCAGCUAUAAAACAUGAAGUGGAUAGUACGGUGAACAUCAUAGUUGUAGGACAGUCACAUCUGGACAGCAACAUCGAGGAUCAAGAGAUUGUCACCAAUCCGCCAGAUAUUUGCCAAGUGGUAGAGGUGACCACCGAGAGUGAUGAGCAGCCAGUCAGCAUGAGCGAGCUGUACCCUCUGCAGAUUUCCCCCGUGUCUUCCUACGCAGAAAGCGAAACCACGGACAGCGUGCCCAGUGAUGAGGAGGGCACCGAGGGACGGCCACCCUGGCGGAAGAGGAACAUCGAAGGCAAACAGUACCUCAGCAACAUGGGCACAAGGAGCACCUACCUGCUGCCCAGCAUGGCGACCUUCGUGACCUCCAACAAGCCCGACCUCCAGGUCACCAUCAAGGAAGAGAACUAUCCGAUGCCUUUCAGCAGCUCCUGGCCCCCGUACCCCGACCACUCCCUGUCGUCCCCCGUGAGCCCCGCACCCAGCAGCAGCCGGCCCGACCGGGAGACCCGGGCCAGCGUCAUCAAGAAGACGUCGGAUCUCGCCCAGGCCCGCGUCAAGAGCUGUUAAAGCCUCCGACUUCCCCCGGUGGUUGGGAUUUCUUGGCUUUGUGUCGCUGUUUGUUUGUAUUUUAUUUUCCUCUCUGACACCUAUUCUAGACAAAUCUAAGGGAAAAAGCCUUGACCAUAGAACAUUGAUUGCUGUGUCCAACUCCAGUACUGGAGCUUCUCUUUAACUCAGGACUCCGGCCCAUCGGUAGACACGUGUCUCUAGAGCCUGCUGGAUCUCCCAGGGCUGCUCCCUCAAGUUCAAGGACGUCAUAGGACCAACACCCACAUGAGCAGCAGGGUGCUGCUGUGUUGCCUGCGGUCAAGGCCAGCGGUGGAGCGGGUGCCUCGGAACAGAGGAGAAAAUGUGAACUAGCUGGAAUUUUUUAUUCUUGUGAAUAUGUACAUAGGGCAGUAAUAGCGACGUGGCCGUCGGCUUCUGCACCUUACGUAAAGCACUUACAGGUAGACCUUCUCGUGCCCUUGCCUCCUUCCCAGCACAGCCCCUUCCCCGCCCGCCCGCUCCUUCCCUCCGGUGCCCCCUCCGAGGCUGUGCUCCACACCCCCAGGAGGAGAGGAAAAUGAAUUUCUACACAGAUGCCCCGUGUUAAGACUGCUUUAAAAAGAGAGAGAGAGUCUUUCUAAUCUGCUAUGCUUGAAUGCCACGCGGUACAAAGGAAAACCAUCUUGGAGACCUUAUGCAAAUCCCCAGAUUUGAAGACAAAA